AUGUCAACAGCACAGAUUCCAGAUGGCUUCCUUCGAGGACCACCAAAAAACGCCACAGUCCAUCAGAUAGACUUCACCAAAACAAUGCCCGCUAUUCUAGCGUUCAAAAACAAUUUUGCCGCCGUAAUUGACAAUUUCAUGACUGAAAGCGAAUGCUUGGAGCUGCUACAACUUGCAGAGAAAUCCACGAAUCCCGACGCCCAGUCAAAGGCUCCAGUAUGGGAACGUGCGAUGAUCAAUGCAGGCGGGGGCAAAGAGGUCAUGUCAGUGGACAGCCGAAAGAGCGGACGAAUCAUUUUCGAUUCCCCAGAUAUCGCACAGCGAAUCCUUGAUCGUCUACAUCCAUUUAUGCGCGACUUUGACCUCGAUAAGAUACAUAACAGGCCCCCUAUUACGGGACUUGGUCCUGCGAGACGUGGGGAGACGUAUCAUUUAUCCCGCUUAAAUGAGCGGCUUCGUUUCCUGCGUUACGAAGGAGGAGACUAUUUUCGACCACAUUGGGAUGGGUGCUAUGUUACUCCUGAUGGGAAGGAGCGGUCGCUUCUUACUAUUCAUCUGUACUUGAACGGGGAUGGCGAGCAGGAUUUGGAUGAGCUGUUGCCGGAGAUUGAGCGUGCUGAGAAGAAGCAUGCACUUUUCGCACAGGAUGGGGAAGUUGAUUUAAACAAUAUUUUGUACGACACGCCCGAUUCUCCCGGUCAUGCGUCCACAACUGCAGAGUCGCAGGAGAAGUUACUUGGCGGGGCUACUUCAUUCACCGACGAUUAUCGGGCGCGAGAAGUCGUGCGCGUGUUUCCAAAGACGGGCUCAUUAUUGAUUUUUCAACAGCGAAACUUGAUGCAUUGUGGCGAUGAUGUCUUUAGAGGCGUCAAGUAUACUGUUCGGUCGGACGUCAUGUAUACAUGUGCGAGCGAGUCGGAGAACAAAUAA